AUCAGAAAUGUCUAAAGAAAAACAAAUGAUAGACGAACCAAACAAUGCAUCGUCGGCCCAAGUGCCAACGUAUAGGCCAUCAUCGGUAGCUUCCGAAAUUGAGCCAGCAACUGAAGUGUUGGUAUGUGAGUCUACCUUUGAAAAUAUAGCUGAAACACCUCUAUUCUCAGGUUCGAUGGAAUGUUUACUAAAUCAUAAUAAAGUUUCUGAUUCUUCAACUGAUGUCGAAGACACAAGUAAAAUUAAUUCUUUCCACUUAGAUCAGGAUAAUGCAGAAAAUUUCACCAAACAUACAGAUAUUACUGAAAUUAUCGAACCAGAAAUACCCUCGAAUAGAAAACAAGAAAGAAAAAUCGAUGAAAUUUCUGAUUUUUCCGAUGACGAAGGAUUUUCUUCUAACAAUUUCGAUGAGCAUAAUAAUGAAGAUUUUGAUUAUUCUCCGGAACAAUUCACGGAAACAGUGGACGACAUCUACAUUCACAGACCGUUAAAAUGGGCUUUUAUAAAUUUAGAAAGAUUUUCUCUUGUAAGUGAAAUCAUUUAUGAAGAAGACGAGUUUGAAUACGAAAAUGCUUCAUCAGAAGACGAUGAUUCCAUCCACACAGAUAGCGAAUUAAGAAACAGUGAACAUUCUGAUGAUGUCNACAAUUUUAAUAAGUCUUGUAAAUAA